AUGUUUAGAGGUAAAACAGCAUUAGUUACAGGGGGAUCUCGAGGAAUUGGAUUUGCUAUUAGUAAGAAAUUAGCCAUUGAAGGAGCGACAGUGACAUUAUUAGCUAGAAAUGAAGCAACAUUAAAACAAUCACUACUGAAAUUAUCCACUGAUUAUGGUCAGACACAUACAUAUCACCCAUUAGAUUUGACAAGUCUAUUACACAAUCCACAAGAACUAAAUUUCGGAUCUCCAACAAUAUUAAUAAACUGCGCUGGAGUUACUAAUCAUUCCUUAUUACUUCGCAUGACACAAGAAGAAAUUCUUACUACUAUUAAUUUGAAUUUAACUGUUCCGAUACUACUAAGUCAAAUGGUGGUAAAAGAUAUGCUUCGCCAAAAAGGUUCUGAUCCAACAAUAUUAAAUAUUUCUUCAGUAUUAUCAAUGACUGAACAUUUUAUACCUGGAACAUCAGUGUAUGCUGCGUCUAAAGCUGGCUUAUUAGGGUUUACCAAGAGUCUAGGGAAAGAAUUAAGAGGGAAAAUUAGGGUCAAUGCAUUAAUGCCUGGAUUAGUCAAAGAAACAGAUAUGGGGAAUAAAGCAGUAGCAGAUAUAAAUCUGGUUCUGAUUGAAUCAGUAGCGAAUGAAGCUAUCAGAAUACUACAAGAUACAAAAUUGAAUGGAGAAUGCAUAAUAUUAGAUAAAUAA